CCGUCCGGGGGCGUUCCUGGGAGCUGGGGGCCGGCGAGCCUGGACCCGACGCGCCCGGGAGGAGCCGGCCGGCGGACACGUGACCCACCGCGGCGGGGCCGGCGGCCCAGAAAUAGCAGCCGCGGCGGUUCCGCCCGCUGGCGGCGAGAGCGAGGGACCCAGGCGGGAGACGCCGGCGGGGCGCGGGCGCGGCGGCCCCGGAGGAUGCUGCUGAGCCCCGGCCUGGUCCGGCCGCGAGCACAUGAUGGCAAUACGGGAGCUCAAAGUGUGCCUUCUGGGGGACACUGGGGUUGGGAAAUCAAGCAUUGUGUGUCGAUUUGUCCAGGAUCACUUUGACCACAACAUCAGCCCUACUAUUGGGGCAUCUUUUAUGACCAAAACUGUGCCUUGUGGAAAUGAACUUCACAAGUUCCUCAUCUGGGACACUGCUGGUCAGGAACGGUUUCAUUCGUUGGCUCCCAUGUACUAUCGAGGCUCAGCCGCUGCUGUUAUUGUGUAUGAUAUUACGAAGCAGGAUUCAUUUUAUACCUUGAAGAAGUGGGUCAAGGAGCUGAAAGAACACGGUCCGGAAAACAUUGUAAUGGCCAUCGCUGGAAACAAGUGCGACCUCUCGGAUAUUAGGGAGGUUCCCCUGAAGGAUGCUAAGGAAUAUGCUGAAUCCAUAGGUGCCAUCGUGGUUGAGACAAGUGCAAAAAAUGCUAUUAAUAUUGAAGAGCUCUUUCAAGGAAUCAGCCGCCAGAUCCCGCCCUUGGACCCCCAUGAAAAUGGAAACAAUGGAGCAAUCAAACUUGUGAAGCCAACUACGCAAGCCAGCCGCCGGUGCUGUUGACCCAAGGGCCAUGGUCCAUGGUACUUGAAGAAGCCAGAGCCCACAUCCCUGUGUGCUGCUGACGGACCCUACGCUCAGUGUCCUGGCACCUCACUUUGAGAAGAAUGAGCACGCUGGCUUUGCAUCCUGGAGGACCUGCAGGGGGUGGGGCAGAAAAUGUCCCUGAAAAAGGAUUUUAGAAAACCCUGGAGAAACCCACCACACCAUCACAAAAUGGCCUUUAGUGCAUGAAAUGCACAUGGAAGGGAUGUAGUUGCAUUUUUGCUAAAAAAAACCUUUAAAAAUU